UGACCAAGAAAGCCACUAUUGCAGGCAAGGUAGUGGGUAAAGCGCAGAGAAAGGUGGUAGUGAAGGAAAUAACCGACGAAGAAAACUAUGCGCUCCCGAUCACUCAGAAGCAGAAGACGAAGCUUGAGACAAAGGCUGGAAGUACUAGAAGUGGGUUGAGAUAUCUCAAGGAGUGAGUGAUGGUAAUCUUCAGAUUUGAGAUGACGUUUCACGCCGUGCGCCAUGCAGGGUAUGCUGGAACACGAUCAGCCGCCGCAUGGCCCAACUGUCUUUCCCAUGUGCUGAGCAACACCCCCGCACAUGCUGUUCCGAGCGAUUAGUGGGGUAUCGCGCUAGGACAAAGUCAAGUCCGGCAGCGCACGAAGAAAGAACCGCAUGUCGCCAGUGGUGCCCAUGGAGCGCCGAUGCCAUGAACGAAUCCGGCGCAUUCCAUCCGAUCGCGUGCGAGUCCUGUCGCAACAAGAAGUCAAAGUGCGAUCGUGAACUGCCAGUCUGCUCGCAAUGUAUAUCUGCAGGAACCUCGUGUCGGUAUCCGCCGAUCAAUAAAAGAGGCAUCCCUUCGGGAUACAUAUCGUUCAUCGAACAGCGAUUACUCGAAACUGAGUUCGUCGCACUGGAGCUUCUUUCCACCAUCUACAGCUCCCAGGUACCGAUCGAAACGCAACGCCUUUCUGAUACAGAUCGUCGGGUGUUAGCAGAAAGUGUACAAAAGCAGGCUAAGUCGAGCAGGGUAGAAGAAUGGAAGCGUCAUCCUCUCAACACGGACGAGGAGCGUCUAUCUUGGUGGUCCAAAAGACAAGAUAUCUUGACGAAGGGUGUCGAAGCGAAUGCUAGCUAUAUCUCUCAAGUCAGCCCAGCAUCGACAGAGCCGUGGGUAACGGAGUCGAGUCCAGCAGUGGCACAGUAUGAGGAUCUACAACAAUCAGCCAUUGAGCGGUUGAACGUCCCACCUGCACAGCAGCCUCAGCCAACGCGAUCUGCGUGGCAGGCAGUGCCAGAUAUACCAGAAAACAUAGAACCAGCUUCAGUCACCCAAGGCCAGAUUCAGGACAUGGCAGGUGUUCCGCCGGUGAGGAAUUUCGGAAGCGAAGGGUACCACGAUGAUAGGUUGGAGAGUUCGGCACCUUCAGUACAGCACACCACGGCCCUCCACUCGCGGCCAUCAACCACGGAACAGUGGCGCAAGUAUUUCUGAGAGCAUUUGGAUGUUGGCAGCGAUUCCUCUGGGUCCUUAAUAUAGAAAGUUGAAAUUGUAGAAACAAGUGCAUGUAGCAAGUCAAACAUGGUUCGACGGUG